AUGACGGACGGGAAUUAUGUCGAUGGGAGUUACUACUUCUACGCUCCGAACAAGGGGGCGCCGAUCUUUUUCGCAGUCGCCUUUCUGGCGUCGGGGAUGAUGCACUUUUGGCAGAGCUAUCAUUACAAGUUCUUCAAGGUCACGGCUCUCUUCUCCUUCUGCUGUCUACUCUUCACGGCGGGCUUUGCGAUGCGGAUCUACGGAUCGUAUCACUACGACGACUUAAACCCGUUCAUCGCGAGCGUGUGUCUAAUCUAUGCGGCACCGCCCCUUCUCGAGCUCGCGAACUACCACAUCCUCGGCCGCGUCCUCUACUACGUCCCCUACUGCUCCCCGCUCCACCCGGGCAGGGUCUUGAGCACCUUUGCCUUCUUCUCCAGCAUCAUCGAGGCGCUGAACGGAUGGGGCGCGAGCUACUCCGCGAACCGGUCCCUGUCGGACAAGGAGAUGGAGGCGGGACACCCCCUCAUAAAGACCUCCCUCCUGCUGCAAAUCUUCGUCAUUGCAUGCUUCGUGGCCCUGACUGCGGCGUUCCAGCGGCGGUGCGCGAAGCUGGGGCUCGCGAGGACGAGGGGGGUGGCUGGACCGUUGACGACGCUGUACAUCAGCGUCCUGUUGAUCUUGACGAGGACUGUGUAUAGGAUUGUGGAAUACUUUGGGGUUGCGAACACGAAAUGGGACGCAGACAUGAAGGUCGAGGACAUCUCGCCCGCGAUCCGGUACGAGUGGUUCUUUUACGUCUUUGAGGCGAGUCUGAUGCUGGCGAACGUGGUCAUGUUCAACGUGCGGCACCCGCGGAGGUAUCUGCCCGAAAAGUACACGGUGUACAUAGCCAAGGACGGGGUUACGGAGGUUGACGGGCCCGGAUGGAAGGACCCGCGGCCAUUUUGGCUCACGGUCGUUGAUCCAUUUGACCUCGGAGGGCUGCUUCGGGGGCGUGAUCGCAGCAAAGAUCGCUUCUGGGAGGCGGAUGCCGGCGGAGAGACGAGAAAGGGGUCUGGCGCAGUGUGA